AUGGCUACUUUCAGCAAUAUUGGAGAGUUUUGUGAAAAGAAAGAGACAUGGGAAAUGUACACUGAUCGUCUCGGCGAAUAUUUCGCGGCGAACAAUAUCUCCGACGCAGCACGCAAAAGGGCCAUACUCAACUCUGUCGUUGGUUCACAAACAUAUAAGCUGAUUAGCGAUCUUCUUGCCCCUAAGAAACCAAACGAAGCUACAUAUCAAGAACUAGUGGACAGACUUGAGAAGCAUUUCAAACCCACAAAGUCUAGCAUCAUUGCUCGCUUUCAAUUCAACAGCCGCUGUCGGCGAUCUGGUGAAUCAAUCGCCGAAUAUUUAGCAGCACUACGUGCACUGGCCAGUGACUGCAAGUUUGGCCAAAACCUUGAUGAAAUGCUGAGAGACAGACUUGUGUGUGGCGUGCAGAAUGAACGCAUCCAGAAAUCCCUGCUUGCCCAACCAGAGGACAAACUUGACCUCAAGCGCACAGUGGAACUUGCACAAUCAAUGCAGCUCGCAGGUGAUCAGGCAAAGAUGUUGUCAGCCUCUACCAGCACAAUGGAUGGAUCAAAUACCACUGUCAACGCUUUCAAAAAGAAACAAGCUCAACGCCCAAACAGACCAACAUGGUCAAAUCAACGGCAGACAUCUGCACGCAGUAGUUCUACACAGCAGCAAAAGCCCAGAAAACCUUGUGGAAAUUGUGGAACUUUUCACAAGAGGCGCGAAUGCCCAGCCUACGGCAAGACUUGCCACAAAUGUAACAAAAAGAAUCACUAUGCUGAUUACUGCAGAAGCAGCCGCCACGUCUACACAGUAAACCCCGAUUCAUACUCGGAGGAAGACGAACCUGCCGUGGAUGAGCAAGAAUUAUUUUACGUUCGAGCCGUGGACAACACCAACUUGAACUUGAAACAUGACAUCCACGCUACGCUUGUGGUGAAUAACACACACGUUCCUGUCCAACUUGACACUGGUGCACGUUGUAACGUCCUGCCCAUGCAUGUUUACAACGUCAUCGCACCACCUAAGUCCAUUGAUAAUUCAAAGUCAACCAAGCUCAUCGCUUAUGGAGGAACCGAGCUCCACACAGUUGGACUAGCUACACUGCCAUGUCGCAUUGACUCAUCGCUGACUGACCACAAUAUUGACUUUCACAUUGUUGACACACAAGUGAAAGCUAUCCUCGGCUUAACCGAUUGCCUCCGUCUAGGCCUGCUGUCUGUCAACAACUUGGUUUACCAUGUCUCCAAUGACACCACAUCGCCUCAAGUCUUCAAAGACUACGAAGACCUGUUUGACAGCUCGCUCGGGUCACUACCAGUCAUCUACACCAUGACCAUAGACCCCAAUGCUACGCCGGUUGUCCGACCCCCACGUCGCAUCCCUGCUGCAAUGCAAGACAAGGUCAAGUCCGAACUGCAGCGGAUGACUACCCUAGGCGUGAUCACUCCAGUCUCCGAACCGACAGACUGGGUUUCCUCCAUGGUCGCGACUCAUAAGAAAAACAGCGAAGAAAUCCGCUUAUGCAUCGACCCUCGCGACCUUAACGAAGCACUGAAACGCCCACACCACCCUACCCGAACAGUAGAGGAAGUCGCUGCCAAGAUGGAUGGUGCGACAGUUUUCUCAGUGCUUGAUGCUAAAUGCUCGUUCUGGCAGAUCCCCUUGGAUUACGAAUCAUCACUGCUGACUACAUUCAGCACGCCAUAUGGCAGAUACCGCUAUCUUCGCAUGCCCUACGGCCUCUGUUCUGCCUCCGAUGUGUACCAGAGAACCAUGGAGCAGAUAUUCGCCGAUCUGCCAUGCUCCAUCAUCGUAGAUGACAUACUAGUUGGUGGACGCACUAAAGAGGAACAUGAUCGAAACCUCAAAACUGUCCUUGAUCGGAUACGCAAAAUCAACAUGCGCCUUAACCCCACAAAGUGCCGCUUCGGUCUUGAACAAGUCUCAUAUGUCGGUCACGUCUUCACCGCCAGUGGUCUUAAGCCUGACCCAGCCAAAGUCAGUGCUAUCACCGACAUGCCUCCACCCAACGACGUUACUGCCCUACAACGCUUUCUUGGCAUGGUGACAUACCUGGCCAAGUUUGUACCCAACUUGAGCGACUUAACAGCCCCACUACGCGAGCUCACACAUAGUGACAUCCAUUGGUGCUGGCUAGAGCAACACAAUGCCGCAUUUCUAGCAAUCAAGGACAAGAUUGCUAAUGCGCCGACACUCACGUACUUUGAUGUCCGCAAGCCAGUCACGUUGACCUGCGAUGCCUCCAAGUUUGGCCUUGGCGCAGCCUGCCUACAAGAGGGUGCCCCUGUCGCGUAUGCUUCACGUACCAUGAGUGACACUGAACAACGCUACGCACAGAUUGAAAAAGAACUGCUUGCAGUUGUGUUUGCCUGCACCAAGUUCCACGACUACAUAUACGGUAAAGACAUCGUAGUCGAAACUGACCACCAACCAUUGGUCACCAUCGUCAAAAAGCCUCUGCUGAGUGCCCCUGCGCGGCUUCAACGCAUGCUUCUCCGGUUACAGAGGUAUAACAUCACCCUCGUGUACAAGAAAGGAAAAGAAUUGUUCCUUGCCGACACUUUGUCACGUGCACCCUUGACAACGACCGGUACUGAAACUGAUGACCUGCAAGUCAUGACCCUCCUGUCAAUCUCUGACAUGCGACUUGAACAGCUCAAGAAAGCAACUGCCUGUGACUCUGCCAUGCAACAGCUCACUGAUGUCAUCAGUCGCGGAUGGCCUUCGCAUAUCAACAAUGCCCCACCAAAGGCCCACCCCUACUUCGCGUUCAGAGAUGAACUGGUUCUCGACCGCGGUAUCAUCUUAAAGGGACAUAAGGCCAUCAUUCCCAAGUCACUACGCGCAGAAUACAUCCAAAUACUGCAUGAAGGUCACCCAGGCAUCGAGGCUACCAAACGCAGAGCCAGAGAUGUAGUUUACUGGCCAUCAAUGUGCCUUGAUAUCGAGCAGUCCGUCUCUGGAUGCACAGUUUGCAACGCUACCAAAGCCCAUCAACAGAAAGAACCACUGAAAAGCUACCCCCCACCCAGCCUACCAUGGGAACACAUUGGAGUUGACCUUUUCCAUUGGAACGGUAUGGAUUACCUAGCCCUUGGUGACUCAUACUCCGGCUGGUUUGACUUCGCUUCACUCGACAACACCUGUGCCUCUACAGUCAUUGAGGUACUCAAGAGACAAUUUUCCAUCCAUGGAAUCCCCCGCAUCGUUAUCAGUGACAACGCACGACAAUUUGAUUGCUUCGCCUUCAAACAAUUCGCACAGUCAUGGGGCUUCCAGCAUACAACCAGCAGUCCCCAUUUUCCCCAGUCCAAUGGCCUUGCAGAAAGCUCUGUCAAGCGCGCCAAACAACUCCUCGAGAAGACAAAACGCGACGGUUCAGACCUCUACCGAAACCUGCUGAACAUUCGCAAUGUCCCAACCAACCCCCAGCUUGGCUCACCUUCCCAACGUCUCAUGUCACGGCGUCUUCGCACAACCAUCCCUACCCCGACGCCACUCCUUAAACCCGCCAUUUACACACGCGUCACAGCACAGUUACGCAAGAGGCAACAGCAACAGAAGUCUUCAUACGACAAAUCUGCCAAGCCCCUCCGACCACUGACACCAGGGCAAGUUGUCCGUCUACAAUCACCCAAAGGGCACGAUCAGCUUGGAAUUGUCCAAAAGCAUUCCAGAAACCCCAGAUCGUACAUCGUCAAUGCCCAAGGCACACUCUACCGCCGCAAUCGGAGACACUUAUUGCCAGUCCCUGAACCACCUCCACAGCAACAACACUCACCUGACUUCUACUUACCGCCACAGGAUCCACUGCCUCAGCCUGCCAUCCCCCACGCACCUCCACCACAGCCAGUUCUCACUCGCUCCGGGCAAUCUCGAAGCCAAAUCCUAAAUACACUUAACAGUUUUGUGUGA